CACCGCGUUCUCGCGAGACUUCACUGUCUAGUCUCCAUCUGGCCCGAACUCGGUGCUUGGAUGAAAUCGGGGGCGGGCGGAGAGAUCCGCUGUGAUAACGUCCUCAUGUCUACUGCCAUAGAUAUAAGUGAGGACAUGAUCCAGACCAUCUCCAUCAAGAGAGAAACCAGCCUGGGCCUGAGCCUUGUGGGAGGCCUCCGCACAUCAGAAGGAGCCUUAGUCCAGAUUAAGAGUCUUAUUCCUGGUGGAGACUGUCACAAGGAUGGAAGAUUAAGACCCGGAGACCAAGUUGUGUCUGUAAAUAAAGAAUCCUUGUUCGGCGUGUCCUGUGAGGAAGCAAAAAGCAUAUUAAAUCGAGUAAAAUUAAGGAAAUGCUCAUUUUGGGAUAUCUCUUAUAUCCGACCAGAAGGAGAACACGGCGACGCUAUAUUAUCUGCAUCAAAAGGUCAUCAGAAAACUGACUUACUGCCAAAGAUGUCUUCUACCCCAGAUUCUACUAAAUCUAAUAUAGCUAGCCAAAGCGGAUGUAUAAAGGAGCAGCACCUAUCGGACACGUCAGUUCCUUAUCAUGGACGCAACCAGCAAAGGACGACUUCUCUCAAUCCUGAUGUCCGACUCAAAGUAGAAAAAUUGGAAAUGGCGCUGAUAUAUCUCGGUAUUAACCUGACAGAGGAACAGAAGCAGCUGAUGAGAAGCCACAUGGAGGUGGAGGCCAAUGACACUGUGCCUUUUGGAGACUUUAUUCACGUGGCCAAAGAGAUUCUGAAGCUGCAGUUAGAAGACAGAGAUUUCAGACAUUAUUUCAUGGCGGAAGAAUUUGAAGAUAAUCAUUCUAUAGACAGUGUCACCAGUCAGGUGCAGUCAUGUGAUCUCUCUGACACCGAUGAGAUAAAUAGACUGAGGAGAGACAAGGAGGAUUCACAAGCCCAGAUAAGAAGCCUGAAGGAGAAGCUCCUGGAAUCCGAGAAGCGUAACGCCAAACUGUCCGGAGAGCUGUGUAAUGUGCGGAAGGAAGCCAAGGCCGCCAUUGAUGAGACCAGAGCGCUCCGUAAUAGGAUUCACCUGGCAGAAGUGGCACAGAAACAAGCGCGGGGCAUGGAGGUGGACUAUGAGGAAGUUAUCCGUCUUCUGGAAGCCGAAAUCAUGGAGCUCAAAUCUCAGCUGUCCGAACAUUCUGGUCAGACUAAUGAAUGCACACAGGAUUUGAAACGCAGGAUCACAGUCCUGGAUUGUCAACUGCGCAAGUCUGAGACCGCACGGAAGGCGUUUGAGAUGUCUACAUUAAAACUGCUGCAGUUUGUAGAGAAUAUUCACGAAGUGCUGCCGGACAAUGUAGGCUCAACAUUAAGUCUAUGUGAUCAUGCCCCAACAAUGUCUUCUCAAAUGAAAAUUCUGGGCAAGAAUAGACUGGGCGUCAUGGCGGCAUUAGCAGCAGAAGCCAAGGACCUGUCGCUGUAUGUCCGUUCGCUAAUAGAAGCCGACUGUCUCCCGUACGGAUGGGAAGAAGCCUACACAGCAGAUGGGAUCAAGUACUUUAUCAAUCACGUUACAGAAGCCACGUCGUGGACUCACCCCAUAUACAGCGCACUGAGCCGGCACAGUCCAGAGGAGGACACCGAGGACAGUCCUAGGGACUUACUGGAGCUGACAAGCUGCUGAAUUGUCUGAUUUGUUUUCCGGACAAUAGGGACCAUGCACUGUCCUCAUUCAUGUACAGGGCGGCUAUAGAUAGGGUGGGAUUCGUCGCACUUGUAUAUAUUACUGACCAUAGAAGAGUUUUCUACUAUUUAGGAGCAUUUUCUACUUUAACAUGAACAUUUAGCCAUAAUUGAGGACUAUUAUAUAGGGAUAUAGACAUGUUCUCCCUCCUCCGUAGGGCACUUCAGUCUGAUUUAGUAUUUUUUAGUAUAUUUCUGUUAAAAAAGAAGUCUCCUGAAAAAAAACGUAUCCUCUAAUAAGUUUUAGAUCGUGGGGGGUCCGACCACUGGGGCCCCUGCGAUGUCCUGUAU